CUCACGUGAUUUAGACAAAAUGGCGGUUUACAUCAUUAUAAAUUAAAAAUGAAUAGGCCGAGAAGAUAGUAGAUAUAGAUCUAGAUAUCUAGAUGUUAAGGAAAUCAUAACAGAAACUGCUAAGAGAAAAUUGACUAAUUAUUCCGUUAUUAGACAUACUCUUUCGUUUGUAAACAUGACUGACAAGGAACACGCCCCUCUAACAGCAUCUUGUGUACGAGCUCUAGUAGAUAAGCUAUAUGAAAAACGAAAAAGUGCUGCCUUAGAAAUUGAAAGAGUUGUCAAAGAGCUGUCUACUGCCAACCAGUUGGAGCAAAUAAAAAAAUUACUGAAAGUGCUGGAGGACUUUGCCACAUCUCAGAACCCUAACACUCGCAAGGGUGGGCUUAUUGGGCUAGCAGCUGUGGCCAUAGGAUUAGGAAAGGACUCGUGUAAUUACAUAACCAAUCUUGUCAGGCCAGUUGUUUUAUGUUUUCAUGAUGGGGACAGCCGGGUUCAGUACUAUGCCUGUGAAGCUCUCUACAACAUAGUUAAAGUGGCCAGAGGAGCUGUGUUGCCCCACUUUAAUGAAAUUUUUGAUGGCCUCAGCAAGCUGACGGCACAUCCAGAUCAAAAUGUAAAAAACGGGGCUGAACUUCUUGAUAGGCUAAUAAAGGAUAUCGUUACUGAAAGUUCUUCCUUUGAUCUGGUUGCCUUCAUUCCAUUAUUAAGAGAGAGGAUUUAUACCAGGAAUACUUUUGCACGCCAGUUUGUGGUUUCAUGGAUUGAAGUUCUUGAUGCAGUGCCUGACAUCAACAUGCUUGCUCUGUUGCCAGAAAUUUUGGAUGGACUCUUUCAGAUCCUUGGUGACAACAGUCAUGAGAUCCGCAAAAUGUGUCAAGGUGUAUUGGCUGAAUUUUUAGAAGGAAUUCGUCGAUGUAAGAAUGGAGUUAACUUCACAGGAAUGGCUAACAUUUUGAUAGUUCACAGCCAAAACUCUGAUGACUUAAUACAGUUUACAGCUUUGACAUGGCUGAGAGAAUUCAUUGCUUUGUCUGGUCGAGCAAUGCUGCCCCAUGUGGCUGGGAUUUUAAGCGCUGUCUUGCCGUGCCUCUCAUAUAGUGAUGACACACGCAAAAAAGUACGGGAAGCAGCAGAAAAUUUGAAUCAAGCUUUAAGAAAACUUGUGGAAGCUCAAGAUGACCAGCCAACCCCAACAAUUGACCAGCCUGAAGAUAAACAAAUGCCAAGCAGUACAACAGUUCAACUGGAGAUUCUUUCAGUUAUUAAAGUUUUACAAAGACUUUUGGGGCACGAAACAAUCCAAGCUAGAGUUGCUGCCCUUAAAUGGUUUCAUCUUUUACUAGUGAAAACUCCAAAUAAGACCUUUCGCUACAUUGAGGAGUUCUUUAGUCUGCUUAUGACAACACUGGCUGAUCCUUCAGAUGAUGUUGUUUUGCUUGAUCUUGAAGUACUGUCAGAAAUUUCUUCUAACCCUUCUGGCUUUGGUGACCUGCCCAAUGUCACAUGUCUUUCAAGGCCAGCUAAUGACCUCAAGUUGAACCCUUAUUUCACUAAAUUAAUGAAUGGACUGAUUGAUUGGUUUAAAAAGGACAAGCAACUUCUUGAAGAUAGAGGAGCUUUUAUAAUCAGACAGCUAUCCGUGUACCUGAGUGCUGAAGCCAUCUUCCGUAGCCUGGCCCAAGUCUUGCUGCUGGAGGAAGACCUGAGCUUUGCUUGUGCCAUGGUACAAAGCUUGAACAGCAUUUUGUUGACAUCCACAGAGAUUUAUGACUUGAGGACACAGCUAAAGGAGCUUAACACUGAGGAAAGCUGUAGCUUGUUCUGCUGUCUGUACAAAUGCUGGUCUCAUAGCCCUGUAUCCCUGAUGUCAUUGUGUUAUCUCACACAAAACUACACGCAGGCCUAUAAGCUCAUGCAAAUUUUUGGAGAUCUUGAGGUGACUGUGGAUUUUCUAAAAGAAAUUGAUAAAUUGGUGCAGCUAAUAGAGUCACCAAUUUUUGCCUAUUUAAGACUGCAGCUUUUGGAAGCUGAUAGUAAUCCUGAGCUGAUCAAGAGCUUGUAUGGUCUACUGAUGAUUCUACCACAAUCUGAAGCUUUUAAAUUAUUACGUUACAGACUUGAGUGCAUUCCACAGAUCAACCUAACACUGGCAUUAGACACGCAUAAAAAAAAGCACGGAGAUGAGCGCCAUCUGGUGAAGCAAAUAAAUUUUGAUGAACUUUUGCAUCACUUCCUUUUAGUACAAACUAAACAUAGGGAAUACAAGAGGAGUCAAGUUGUAUACAAAAUAUCUAAUGUCAAAAACCUGCGGUAGUUACCCCCACUAGGUUAGGGCUCAACAACUCGUUCGUGCAGCAAAACACGUAACGUUGGAGACAAAAUUCCAAUUGACAUUUAGUAUUUCAAUUGAUAUCAGUGACAUACGUCAGUACGUAAGGAGGUGAUGAAUGUGGAAACAUAGACCCCCGUUAUAAUUUUCUCUGAGAUCCCAUUAUUUGUGAGACCAUUAUUUGUGCCAUUCAACUAAUUCCAAACUGUGAGUGGAGACAACUGCGGCUUGCGACCUUAGCAGCAGAGCCACACUUUGAAAGAAGAAAAGAACACGUUAAAAUGGCUAAAACUGCAAAUAAAUAUGUAAAACAUAUAAACAGCAAAAUAUUAUUUUAUAACAAACAUCUAAUAUCUUUAUGCAUGUGUUAAGUAUCAAUUUAAAAAAGUAUGUGGCACAAUGUCUUGUUGAAUAUUUGAAUGCAAGGGUAAAUCUAAUAUACAUUACCGAGUUGAGUUAUCCUUCCAGUGGCGGAACUACAAAAAAUUUUUUUUUUUGGGCCCCUACCUAUAUAUAUAUAUAUGUUACGGUCAAAGCCCGAAGUGCGGCCAAAGCGCGGAUUGGCCGGCCAAUCCGCGCACUGGCCGGGAUGUACUGGCCAAAGUCCGAAGCGCUUAAACUUGACAGCGUAUUUUGUACAUUGGCCGGCCAAUGCGCACACUGGCCGGGAUGUCCUGGCCAAUGUUCUAUCUAGACUAAGUUGUUCAUUAUUCUGGGUGCGUUUUCAUUGAGAGUAACGUAUUGUUUAGCUCUUGUUUGUAUAGCAUUCUAUAUGCACGGCGACAUGGAUCAAAAGGGCCGUCAGACCAUGAGACAGACAUAGCAGAUGGCUGUCAAAACAAAAAAAAAUGUAAAUUCAUGUUAGUUUCCAUAUAUGGGCUCUCGAUAAAAUAGUUACUGAGGAAGAUCUUGAGAACAUUGAACAAGAAAUGGAGGUUGCCAUAAAUGCAACGACAUCCUCAGCUAACACAUCUACUGCCGUGGCGGAACGCCCAGACCAGUUGCGUGACGAUAAUGUGGCCAACAGAUUCUAUAUAAUUUGUGAAAAACAUUGUAGUGCAGCUCAUUCUUUUGGAUCCUGUGGCAACGAUGUCCAUGCUAUGUGUGGAAUACCCAAUGAAGCAGACGAAGGGUACGGAGGGAACAUUACCUGCAGAUUGUGUCACAACAAACAAGACAUCAUGGAACACAGAUCAGCAGCUCAUACUGGCUUGCAAACUCAAGGUGCUAAGAUGCUUAAAACAUCAAAUACAAAAUUUAAAGAUGGUGAAGUGGGUGACAGAUGUUGACAGAGGUCACGGUGAUCCCCGAAGCGUGAUUGCAGUUGUCAUGAGCGUCGAGGGCGGUUUCUACAAAUUAGGAACGGAACAUGGUGUUCUAAAACAACUGUAUGCUAGAAGUGAGUUUUCAAUUCUUCACGAAAAACUGCCUUAUUGUCGUCAGUUGGCACUGAGGAAAAAUCACUACGAACCAUCGCAUCUUCACAAUCAUUGACUGGGGGUAAAGGCUACACUCGCUGCAAUUGCACAACUAAUUGCACAACAAAUCGCUGCAAGUGUAAAAAUAACAAGCUGCUAUGUAAUUCUAAAUGCCAUAAAAGUUCAACUUGUUGUAACAAGUGAUAAUAUUGAUUGAUUGAGACUAUAGUACAAUAAAAAAUUUGAAUGUUUCUGUCAUUUACUUUAAUUAAUAAUCAAUAAAGACUUAAUUUCAUGAUCCUUAUGGCAUUAAAAAAAAAAUCUGCUCAUGAUCUUCUAAUUCGGACUUUGGACUAAAUCAAGCAAAGUUUCGGACUUUGACCGACCUAUGGGAGGCGAUAGGUCAUGGUUGUAGGGAUUGUGUGAUGGGGAGUGUACAGUAGGUCAUGGGUGUAGGGAUUGUGUGAUGGGGAGUGUACAGUAGGUCAUUGGUGUAGGGAUUGUGUGAUGGGGAGUGGACAGUAGGUCGGUCAUGGGUGUAGGGAUUGUGUGAUGGGGAGUGUACAGUAGGUCAUUGGUGUAGGGAUUGUGUGAUGGGGAGUGGACAGUAGGUCAUGGGUGUAGGGAUUGUGUGAUGGGGAGUGCUUGCUUCCAAUCUGGCACAUUUAACCUGUGCAACUCUGGUAUAUACAGUUUAAAAUUGUCAGUGGAGUAUACAAAUAACAAUAUUUGGUGUAA